GGUAAAGCCUACUGCGCAAGUGUCCGUCCAUAAUAGUCUAUAUGGCUACUGGCCACUCUAUUCCACAUCUGGACGGUCUACUAUGGAACGUAAAUGGAAUGACGGUAACAAGAUCGGAUGGAAGCCUUUACGCGAGCCCCAACAUGACGGAUGACCAAAGCACGGACACCGCGGACCCUGGGGUGGAACCCGGGAUGCGCAGCGAGGAGGAGCGUUUUCGAACUUUCCAAAACUGGCCAACCAAUGCACCGGUAACCCCGGCUGACCUGGCAAGAGCCGGCUUUUACUUUCUUGGGGUCGGGGACCAGGUGCAAUGUUUUUGUUGUGAGGGAAUACUGAGAUACUGGGUUCACGGAGACAGUGCGUUGGAAGAACAUAAGAGGCACUUUCCGACUUGUGAUUUCGUGCUAAACAGAAAUGUUGGCAAUAUACGGCGAUAUCCCGUACCGGGGUCUCCUGACGACGUGGAUGGACAACUCUUGAGUCAACUUCAGAGGAUGACGGUGGAUGAUCAAGGAGUUGGUGGACAGUCAGUUUACCCGGAGAUGGAGUCGGAGGAUUCUCGACUGACCACGUAUCACAACUGGCCCACGGGAGCGUCUGUCCAACCUGAUGCUCUUGCCAGGGCAGGUUUUUUCUAUACCGGCCAUGGGGACAAUGUCAAGUGCUUCUUUUGUGAUGGGGGCCUCAGAAACUGGGAGCCUGGAGAUGACCCAUGGCAAGAACAUGCCAAAUGGUUUCCACGGUGUGAGUUUCUGGUUCAAACAAGAGGGCGUGAAUAUGUCAGCAACAUCCAGGAGUCCUAUUUCCACAUGGGCGAGACAGUGGGUGGUUCCCAGCCUCCUACUAGCAGAGACAUAACCCCUGGGAGUGAUGUGGUGGGGGGUCAGGGGUCGUCUCCAGCCCUGCUGUCCCCCGUGGUGCAGACGGUGUUGGGAAUGGGCUUCCAGGCGUCGCUGGUGGAGAGCCUGGUGCAGACGCGCUACCUGCUGACUGGCCGCCACUACACCUCCGUGUCUGACCUGGUCGCCGACAUCCUGCAGGCCGAGGAAGAAGACCGGCUACGGGGCGAGCAGACCACAGAGCCGGUGGAGAGACAGGGCAACAGUGGCGGUGGGAGGAGAGCGCAGGUCACAGCCAGGGCCAAAGGUCACAUACCUCAUGCUAAUGCUAAUGCUGCUUCUGCUUUGGGCCCGCAAAUGCCCGUGGUGUGGUUUGCUCUAGGCGACCUGAGCGCGGAGGAGCAGCUGCGUCAGCUCCAGGAGGAGCGCACCUGUAAGGUGUGCAUGGACAAAGCGGUGUCCAUCGUGUUCAUCCCGUGCGGUCACCUGGUGGUCUGCACAGACUGUGCCGCCAGCCUGAGACACUGCCCCAUCUGCCGAGCGGUCAUCCGUGGCAGUGUGCGCGCCUUCAUGUCAUGAGUGAUCAGAAAAGAAAAAAACACACACACACCAACACCAGUCUCUCUCUCACACACAUACACAGGUCAUACACAUGCAUAUACAGUACAUACAGAGCAGUGUGUGUGUGUGUGUGUAUGUUUGAGAGACAGCAAGCUUUGAUAGCAGCACACUCACACGUCGUACGUGUGUGCUUGUGUGAGCCUACACGUUCCAACGAACCCAGAGUUUGCAGCAUAACAAGCUAAAAAUAAUAGCGUUAGGAGGCGACAGAGAGCUUCCACACGUCCUUGAUGAGGUGAUAAUCAGUAUUAGUUUUAUUUCAUUUGGUGCAUAUAACACAAACAUGUGUCUGAUGUUGGCCACAUCCACACCCAUACUGAGCUACUAGAACACUGUGUGGGAUCUGAAUAGCAGGUCUCGCCGAGGGCAGAAUAUUAAACAGUGAAGACAUGUAAGCCUGCAUACAUGUCCCACAUUGCCUUGCAGGGACUGUACUGGGGUGGUCUUGGGUGAAUAACGGGGAAGUUCUUUAUCUUCACACUUGAGGAUGGAUUUAAUGGGUUCAGUUUCCUGGUAAGAAAUCUCUUAAGAUGUUUUAUAUUGUAAAGCUGGAUUUUUUUUUUACCAAAACAAGCCCAAACCCUUCUUCCCCACACACACUCAAACAGAUGUGUCUUAUAUGAUGGUAGAAAUGACAAUCCUUUACUAUUUUGUUGUACUCAUGGGAUUUAAAGUCAUAAUAAAGAGAGCAUUUGCAAGAAAAAACUCUGGCUCGUUCUUUUGUCGCAGGCCUUUCACUGAGAUCAUGUCCAUAGGUCGUACAGCAAAGCUGAUUGCAUGUGAAACCUGCUACUACAUCAACAGCCACAG